AAAGUUUCGAUUUUUGCGAAGAGCCAGUUUCAAUUUUCAUUCAUUGUUUUGAAUGUUUUUGUAAACGGUUGGCAUUAUACUUUGGAAUUUCGUGCUAUCUUAGCUCAAUAUUGUGCAGCGUAUAGUUAAUUAAGUUUGGGUAUUGUGCUUCGGAGUUUACAAAUAUGACAGACAUAAUUUCGCAGGAGGAGGCACAACAAAUCAAGAAAUUGAAAAGGCUGCUUGAGGGAUGGCGUAUGGCGUUGCUGCCGUUAAAAUCUGUGCUGUUAUGGGAACAGCAGUGGCACCCUUGCGCUAUUCUGGGCGGGAUCUCACUCCUUUACCUUACCUUUUGGUUCCUGGAUCUGAAUUCACUUACAACAUUUGCUAUUGUUGGUCUGAUUUUGAACUUUAUCGACUUCAUUGUGCCAAUAAUUUGUAACUCAAUCUACGGGCCUAGUGCCUGGACAGGGCAACAAGAGAAGGUGUAUGAAGAUAUUUGCAAGAGCAUUGUCCUUAAUUACAAUAAGUUCUUGUCCCAAGUUCGUAGCUUUUAUUCGUUGAGAGAGAAGAGCCCUUGCAGGUACUACAUAACAUCCAAAGGUUUGUUGUGCGUUUUGGCCUGGAUUUCUUCAUCUGUCAACCCCAUGUUCCUGCUUUACUUGUUCUCUGUAGCUGUGUUUCUCUGGCCGGGUAUUCAGAAACGCGGCAUUUCCAACACAUUUGUUUCUAUGUUUAACAAACUACCAAAACCAUUAAAAUCUGAGUAAAAGAGCGAUAACUACAAUUUUUAUACCUGAUGUAGUGGAUGGUUAUUUCCUUGAAUAAGUACUCAUAAUAAUUGUAGCACUUAGCAUUUUGCAAGCACAGGUUUUAUAUAUGUGGUAGCCUUUAUAUACAUCAUUAUCAUAUACAUAAUGGAAAUUGUAAAGCUAAAUGACACUUACAUAUGAUAAUUAUAACUUUUUUGUUAAAAAAAAACUGACCUCUUACAUGUUUUGGAAUUACAUCUAUUUGCUAAGUUUUGUUGGAAUCUGUUUGUGGAAAAUGGGUGAAAACCAAUAAAUCAGUUUCAUCCCCUAAUUAUCCAUUCUUAGAGGUCAAAUUUGAAUGGAAGCAUUACUUGAAAUACCCCCUUUCCAACAAAAAAAUAAUCACUGAAAUUGGUUGACAAAUUUCAGAGUAAUUGCGUAACACACAAAAAAAUGUGAUUUAAUUGAGAACCUUCCUCCUCUUUAUGAAGUCGGUUAAAAAAGAGUUACACCGAUUUAUGGAUAAUAUUAGAGUUACAAUAUAUCCUCCAAUUUUACUAUGCAGGUAUAUCUCAUUUUCAAUGUAAGUGUCAUUUGGCUCCUUUAAAAUUUCAACUGCGAAUAUUUAAUUCUUGUCUAUGUGGUAUAUCAAUACUAUGAUAUUUAUUCAUAUUCCUUGUUAUUCCUAAGAAUCAUGCCAUAAAGAUUUUAAUUCACUUGUUAUUAAUGCUAAUUGGACUUUAUUAUAAUUUUGUAAGAAAUCUUCAAAAACUUGCUAAUAUUACAUCUAAUAAGCUCCAAAAUCCAAUUAGAAUUUAUUUUAAUAUUACUUAACAUGUAUUACAUGCACGCCGACUCCUACAAACUGUCAAAAAUUUUGCCAAAAAUUGCUGUGAUGUUUAAAAAAUAUGCAUGCAUAGUAAUCUGUUAAUACCAAUUAUAUGCCACAAUCCACAGG